AUGCCCUUGCACAAGUUCCCUGUCUUUCUAUGGAAGCGGCUAAAGUUGCGGGAGGGCAUCUACUCCCGCCUGCCCCAGCACUACCUUCGCUCACUGGAGGAGACGCGGACGCCCACUCCCGUGCACUACAGGCCACACGGGGUCAAGUUCAAGAUUAACCCCAAAAAUGGGCAGCGGGAACGCGUGGAGGACGUGCCCAUUCCCCUUUACUACCCCCCAGAGUCCCAGCUGGGGCUCUGGGGCGGCGAGGGCUGGAUCCUGGGCCACAGAUAUGUCAACAACCACAAGCUCUCAAAGAGGAUAAAGAAGGUGUGGAAGCCACAGCUGUUUCAGCGUGAACUCUAUAGUGAGAUCCUGGACAAGAAGUUCCCUGUGACUGUGACGAUGCGCACCCUGGACCUCAUCGACGAGGCCUAUGGGUUUGACUUCUACAUCCUGAAGACCCCGAAGGAGGACCUGUGUUCCAAGUUUGGGAUGGACCUGAAGCGAGGGAUGCUGUUGCGGCUUGCCCGACGGGACCCCCAGCUGCACCCAGACGACCCUGAGAGGAGGGCAGCCAUCUAUGACAAGUACAAGGAGUUUGUCAUCCCAGAGGAGGAGGCCGAGUGGGUCGGCCUGACACUGGAUGAAGCUGUGGAGAAGCAGAGGCUUCUGGAGGAGAAGGAGCCCGUCCCUCUGUUCAAGGUCUACGUGGAAGAGCUCAUUGAGCGGCUUCAGCAACAGGCACUGUCUGAGCCGGCCGUGAUGCAGAAGAGAGCCAGCGGGAAGUGA